AAUGUGUUCUAAGAGUGAGCCUCACUAACUGUUUUCUUACUUUUUCUUGGACCAUGGGGAACCAAUUUCUGUUUUUUGCUCUCUUGGUGCUAAUACCAGCCCUCGGAUCAUCUGAUUUUUUAAUAAAUAAUAUCAGGAACAUCAAGAAGAGAAAUGCUGCUGAUACUAGCAACAAUGGCAUCGAUAUCUACAGUCUGAAAGUAGAUUGUAAAGUUACUUCCAGGUUUUCUCAUAAUGUCAUCACCAGCCGAGUUGUCAACAGGGCCAAUGUGUCCAAGGAAGCCUUAUUUGAUGUGGAACUUCCCAAGACUGCCUUCAUUACCAAUUUCACCAUGGUGAUUGACGGGGUCACCUAUCCUGGAACUAUAAAAGAAAAAGAAGCUGCCCAACAGCAGUAUCAGCAGGCAGUCUCAAGAGGACAGACAGCAGGCCUAGUCAAGGCCUCUGGAAGAAAAACAGAAAAAUUCAGUGUUUCAGUCAACAUUGCCGCAGCCAGCAAAGUGACCUUUGAGCUGAUCUAUGAGGAAUUACUGAAACGACAUUUUGGAAAAUAUGAGCUGUUUCUAAAAGUAAACCCAAAGCAACUUGUCAACAACUUUGAGAUUGAGGCAAACAUCUUUGAACCACAGGGUAUCAUCUCUCUGGAAGCCGAAGCGUCAUUCAUCACCAAUGACUUAUUACCAGUUAUACACAAGUCUUUCUCGGGGAAAAAGGGCCAUGUGUCCUUCAAGCCAACCAUUGACCAACAACGGAGCUGUGCAGAUUGCCCAACAACACUGCUGAAUGGAGAUUUUGUCAUAACAUACAAUGUGAAUAGAGAAUCUCCAGGUGAUUUACAGAUUGUGAAUGGGUAUUUUGUACACUUCUUUGCACCCAAAAAUAUUUCACAUUUGCCUAAGAACAUUGUUUUCAUAAUAGAUGUCAGUAUAUCAAUGUCUGGACGAAAACUACAACAGACAAGGGAAGCACUGCUUAAAAUAUUGGAAGACAUUAAAGAGGACAGUUACUUGAAUUUUGUGCUGUUUGGUGACGAUGUGCACAAAUGGAAAGACAUUUUAAUCAAAGCCACGCCUGAGAAUCUGGAUGAAGCAAGACGUUAUGUUGAAAGGAUUCACAUAGAUGGGUUGACAAAUCUUAAUGGUGGCUUAAUGGCUGGAAUUGAAAUGCUCAAUGAAGCUCAUAAAAAAGGAUCUCUCCCUGAAAGAAGUGCUUCCUUAAUUAUCUUGUUAACAGAUGGCCGACCCACUGAAGGGGAAACAGACCCUCAAGUCAUUUUAUCUAAUGUCAGAAACGCAAUUCAGGGAAAAUACCCUUUAUAUAACCUUGGAUUUGGAUAUGAUCUUGACUAUGGUUCUUUAGAAAAGAUGGCAGCUGAGAACAAUGGACUGGCUCGUCGAAUUUAUGAGGAUUCUGAUUCAGCCUUACAAUUACAGGGCUUUUAUGAUGAGGUGGCCAACCCUUUACUCACAGAAAUAGAGUUAAAGUACCCUGAAAAUGCCAUUUCAGACCUAACUCAAAAUCAUUUUAAGCACUACUAUGAUGGUUCUGAACUUGUUGUUGCUGGGCGUAUUACAGACAAUGACCUCAACAGUAUUACUGCUGAGGUGAAAGCUCAAGGGGCAGAAGAAGAUCUGACUUUUACUGAACAAGCAGACAUGGAAGAAACAGCUAAAGCUCUUGAAGAGCAGCAACACAUCUUUGGAGAUUAUAUGGAGAGACUCUGGGCAUAUCUUACAAUUCAGCAGCUUCUAGAAAAACGAAAUGCAGCAAAGGAAGAAGAAAAAGCAAACCUUACUGCUAAAGCCUUGGAAAUGUCUCUGAAAUAUAAGUUUGUGACUCCUUUAACAUCCAUGAUAGUCACAAAACCAGAAGAUAAUGAGGAUAAAGCCGCUCUUGCAGACAAACCUCUAGAAGCUGAGGCAACUCGGCAAUCAGUUCAACCAACAUAUAGUAGACCACCUCCCAUCCAUAGCUAUACCAGUGUUGAUGGAGACCCACACUUCAUUAUAGAUGUCCCCCUUAAAGAAGAUGCUCUUUGCUUUAACAUCAAUGAGAAUCCAGACAAAGUAUUAAACCUCAUUAGAGACCCAGCUACAGGUAUUAUUGUCAAUGGCCAACUUAUUGGAGAUAAACAGAGCAAUAAUGACGCCAGUCCACACAAUACUUACAUUGGAAGACUUGGGAUUCUAAACACUCAAUUGAACAUGACACUUGAAGUCACUCCUGAGAAAAUUACUCUUCAAAUUGGCAGAAAGCCAAUAAAUUUUACAUGGUUUGAUGAAGUCACCCUACGACAUCCAAAUUUGACUUUGAAAAUCAUUCGGAAAAAAAGUUUGGAAAUUUCAAUGGGAGAUGGAGUGAAAUUUGAAGUCGUUUUGCAUCAAGUCUGGAGGAAACAUGCAACAUAUGGAGAUUUUCUGGGGUUCUAUAUAAUAGACAGUCACAAGUUGUCUGAACAUACCCAUGGCUUAUUAGGGCAGUUUUUCCAUCCAAUUGACUUUAGCAUACUUGAAGUACAUCCUGGGUCUGAUCCUAAGAAACCAGAUGCCACCAUGAUUGUGAAAAAUAAUCAGUUGACAGUGACUAGGGGAUGGCAAAAAGAUUACACAGAGGAUCCAAAGCAUGGCAGGAAUGUCCCUUGUUGGUUUAUUCACAAUAAUGGAGAAGGUCUAAUUGAUGGCACACAUACCGAUUAUGUUGUUUCAAGUCUGUUUUAGCAGAAAGUGGUGUUUCUCUCAACUACUGAGACAGGAUGCAGCUAUUCUAUAUAACCAAAAUAUACAACGCUAGUGUAUUAGGUGCCCACAAAAUGGCAUGUAGAUUGAAUUUGCAUUUUAUAAAACCCUGGGCUGUUAUUGCUUCAUAUUUUCCACAUUAAUUACAGUUGCUUCUUUUGGGACAUUGACUUUUCUUCUCUGUGACUAAACAGAUCCACUGUUUCUGCAAUCUAAAUGUAGUAGGCUAUUAAAAGAUUCAAAUAAAGUUAAGGGGUCAGACUCCA